UACGAAGUGCUACGACAUUAUUAUUCCGGAAUUUCAACUUCAACACUUGUAAAUGCAGUUUAGUUUCAUAUGUUCGAAAUCCGGUAUUGAGGAAGAAGCUGGAGGAUCACCCUCGGAUGCUCUUGCUGCAUAUGCUAAGAUGAAUCAAGGAAGGUCAGAUGUGAGACAACGUCGUCCUAUUUACAAGGGAGAUAACUCAUAUCAAGAUGAACCUAAAAAGUCAAGGGCACAUUCAUCAGACAAGUGGAAGUCGGCUGCUUGUGUAGCAUUACUUCUGGCUUUUAUCCUGACACCUGUUGUGAUUCUUUUGACACCAUCACCGAUAGAUCCUGUUUAUUUCACACUGCCUGAACCACCUGAAUUUGAAGGAGUGCUUGAGCCAAACAAUCUGCUACAGAAGUCAGAGAGAAUCUUUGAGAACGAAAUAUCAGGGCCUGAAUCCAUUGUCGUAGACGGAGACCACAUAUACACAGGGACGGCUGACGGUAAAAUUCUACACAUCUACAAGGGAGAAAUGAGUGUCCUGGCCAAACUUGGCAAAGAACCAUGUGGAGGGUUUGACAAUGAGCCGACCUGUGGGAGACCCCUGGGAAUGAGGCUGACCAAGGAGGGGUACCUGAUCGUGAUUGACACGUACCUGGGACUCUUCAAAGUCAACGUAGCCACAGGCGACCAUUAUCAGCUGUACUCGGCAGAGAUUCCUGUGAACGGCAAGAGGCCACGACUUCUUAACGAUUUGACCAUUGCCGAGGACGGAACUAUUUAUAUGACAGACUCGUCGACGAAGUGGGAUAGGCGACACAACAGACAUCAGAUCAUGGAAGGAGAGGUGUCUGGAAGAGUCCUGAUCUACGAUCCAAAGUCCCAGGAAGUUACAGAGCUGAUCAACAGUAUGUCAUUUGCAAAUGGAAUCCAGCUGACUCGGAGCGAGGAAGCACUGUUGAUCUGUGAGACGACUCGAGCCAGGCUGCUCAAGUAUCAUUUAAAAGGACCAAAGAAAGGUUCAUUAGAAGUUAUUAAUAAUAAUCUCCCAGGAAUUCCGGAUAACAUCCGGCGCAGCAGUACAGGCGGUUACUGGAUUGGGAUGGCACUUAUCCGCAAAAAGAACAAGUUCAGCUUUUUUGAUUAUUGUGCUGAAAAACCUUGGUUAAGGGCUCUAAUCAUGAAAGUAGUUUCCAUGGAUCUGGUUUUGCAAUAUUUACCAAAAUAUGGCCUUGUUGUGGAAGUGAAUGAAGAGGGAAAGGUCAUUCAGAGCUUACAUGACCCAACGGGUCAGGUGAUUCCGGGCGUCAGCGAGGUUGAGGACAAAGAUGGGGUGCUGUACUUCGGCUCCUACAACCUUCCUUAUUUGGGCAGGCUGUAUCUCCAGAGAUACAAAAAAACAAAACAUUAAAAUACCCUCAGUAACGAGUUUCAGAUGUAAAUAUAAUGCAGUGCUUAGGACAAAUUCCAAUGAGGGAAGAGAGGUCCUCCAUCUCUAAUCAAAGAAAAUUCCUUGUAUUUGAUUGAAUCAUAUCUAGCUUGUCAUGCUUAAUAUUUAGUUAAAAAAUUUGAUUGUAUGAAAUUUAGUCAUUUAUUUUUCUCUUAAUUUUUAAAAUAAAUUUUACUUGCCUGUAAGACCCACAAUUUUUCUGUACUUGUGUAUGCACCGUGACCUGUAAUUAGCUAGACACAUGAGCAUGUACACUGUAGAGUAGAUACAAGUACAGUAAAACACGCUUAUAACGAAGUCCCAAGUACGUCCAAUUUAACUUCGUUAUAAGCGUAAUUCCUUAUAUCCGUCAAGUUUACAACAUGAAAUAGAGACUUGGGGAAUGAAAUUCACUUCGCUGUAAGCGUCAAUUCAUUAUAAGCGUGUUUGCUAUAACCGUGUUUUACUGUUUAUGUGUAUAAUUUGGGUAGUGUCAAAUGCCAAUAGAUGGGUUUAUAUAUAAGUUGAUCAACCAAUCAUUCUUGAUUUUCUUUUACUGAAUCUUAUGAUGAGCAUGACAGAAGGGAAUGGUGUAUGUAUAUGAUCAAUUUGUUAAAAAGACUUUCCAAAAUCAAUACAUUCCAUUCAACACUUUACAUCCAAAAAUAGGAUAGAUUGGAUAGUAAUUCGUAUAUUAUAUGAUACUAUAUUGUAUACAGGGAAAUAUUAGCCUUAUUUUAUUUUUGCCCCUUUCGCCCUCAUUGUCAGCAAGCAAAUUUAAGACUGGGGGAAUUCCAAAUGAUAUUUCUUUUUACACAUUUUUAUCUGGGCGAAUUUAAGAGGAGCAGAAACUGCAUGUUGCAAAGUGUAAAUGGCAAAAAAAACACGGACAAAAAUAACCCUGUAUACAGAAAUUAUUUUACUCAGUAUAUAUCAGCUGUUCAGUCAUUGGCACAUGGAAAGCAACAGCAUUUAGCUGUGUCAAAGUAAACUGUACAUAUUUCGCUUGAGCUCAACAUCAGCAUCAAUUUCAGCGUGACACAAUUAUAUGUUCUGAUGUACAAACAAGAUGCAAUGUAAUUGCAUCAUACUGAAAGUCCACUGUCUAGUUAUUUUAGCUUUGUUUUAUUUCUGUAUGUAUAACCACAAUUUAUAUCCAGUGAGUAGAAAAGGAAGGCUAAUUUUGAUGAACAUGUACCGGUAGAUCAUGUUUUUGAUAUGGCAAAAAUACCUAAAGUAAAUCUUUGUACCGUAAUAUAUGGCUUAAACCCUUUGAACUACUGGGUGUAUACUGUGUUACAGUGACAAAUUUAACUCUUUCCAUGGGCACAUAUUUCAUAAACUGGACCAUCUAUUCAGUAGUUUUUUUAGUACACUGUACAUGUACAACCAAAAAUUUACAGUCUUCAUAAAGAUGUGAAUAAUUACCAUUGCUAGUUCAUAUAAGUCUAGUCAAUCUGUCAUGUAUUAUGAUGUACACAUGUACUAUGUUUGUUGAUACAUUGUGUUAAUAAUUUGAAUCAAUGAUGAUGUGGACAAACCAUGCAUUGAGUACAUUUCACUUGCUCAUUAUGUGGUUGGUACCUGCAUGCAGGUAUUUAUAUACAGGUUAUUUUUGCUUACAUUGCGUACGGCAUUUAUCACCUUGUGUAGAUGCCCAUUGCACAACAUUUAUAUUGGGACUUCGUCAGUUGAAUUGUAUCAUGUCAAUAUAGAAUUAUUGUAGAUAUAACUUCUUUAGCCAGAUCAAGGGUUUGAGACCA